AAAUCAAGUUCAACGACAUGUUGGCGCUCAUUGUAUUAACCAGCUGGCUGCUAUUGUUAUGGCUCUAUUUUCUCUGGACACGUCGGCGUUAUUAUAAAGCCGCCUGGCAAUUGCGUGGACCCAUUGGGCUGCCGUUCAUUGGCAUGGGACCGCAGAUGAUGAAUCCUGAGACUUUUUUGCAGUACUUGGAACGCACCUCAUAUAAGUACAAAGCGCCAUUUAUAUCUUGGAUGGGAACAAAGUGUUUUCUUUACAUAAACGAUCCACAGUCUGUGGAAACGAUUUUUAAUUCAUCCCACUGUACAAACAAGGGAGAUUUCUAUCGCUUCAUGAGCUCCGCCAUUGGCGAUGGACUCUUUACAUCGAGCUCACCACGUUGGCACAAACAUCGACGUCUCAUCAAUCCCGCCUUCAGUCGUCAGAUUUUGUGCAACUUUUUGCCAAUUUUCAAUGCUGAAGCGGAUGUUUUGCUCGACAAACUACAAACGGAGGGUGUAGAGCAGGGCAAGCAUCUGGAGAUCUAUCAGAUAUUGAAGAAAAUUGUGCUGGAGGCAGCUUGUCAAACAACUAUGGGCAAGAAAAUGAAUUUUCAGCAUGACGGUUCAACGGCAAUCUUUGAGGCCUACAAUGGCAUCACUGAGGUCUGCGUGAAGCGCAUGCUGUCGCCAUGGCUUUAUCCUGACGCUCUGUAUCGACGCUCGCGGCUCUUUGUGCGACAACAAAAGGUGGUCGGCGUGCUCUUUGGUUUCGUGGAACAACUACUGGAGUUGGGAGGCGUCGUGGCAAGUCAAACAACUUCGACACAAUUGCAGUCGGUGGGUGUGGCUGAACAGCUGCAGCCCCAGUCCGAAACAGAUGUCAAUGACGAGGACAUGGAAGCGCACAUGUCGCGCAAGUCAAAGUCCAUUUUCAUCGAGCAAGUGCGGGAGCAUGUGGAGCGGGGACAGCUCAGUUGGCAGGAUGUGCGCGACGAGGCAAAUGUGACCAUUGCAGCGACAUUUGAGACCACCUCGACGGCGCUGUACUUUGCGAUUCUCUGUCUGGCCAUGCAUCCGGAGUUUCAGGAUAAAUUGCACAACGAACUGGUCACGCUGCUGCCCAGCAAUGGACACAUCACGCAGGAGCAGCUAGAACGGCUCAGCUACACGGAAAUGGUAAUCAACGAGGCAAUGCGACUGUUUGCUCCGGUGCCGAUGGUGUUGCGUCGUGCCGGUCAGGAUAUCCGAUUAAGACGGGAGGAUGGGGAGUACGAGGUGCCACGUGGCGUACAGAUCGGCAUCGACAUCUACAACAUGCAACGUGAUGUGCGCAUUUGGGGGCCCUUGGCACGCACAUACAAUCCGGAUGCACAUUUCGGGCCACAGGCACCGGCCCAUCAUCCCUUCGCCUUUGUGCCCUUCACCAAGGGCCUACGAAUGUGCAUUGGCUAUCGGUAUGCGCUGCUGCUAAUGAAAUUGCUGCUGGCCAAAAUAUUCCGACAGUAUCGCAUCAGCACCGAGGCGCGCAUGGAGGAGCUAAUUGUGAAGGGCACCAUAUCGUUGAAGUUGCGAAAUUAUCCGCUAUGCCGUGUAGAAGCCAGAUAGCCAAGAGCCUCUGUGCUUUAUUGAAAUAAAACAUGCGAAUUUGCCGACAACCAA